AUGUUUUAUUUACAGUCAUUUCUAGGGAUCUAUCCUUUGUAUGUUGGUGUUGAAUUAGGUUUAGGUGUAACAAUAAUCAAUAAAUUUAGUGGAUUAUAUGGUAUCCUAGCUUUAUUCACCGGUCAUUCGUUGAGCUUUGUACAAUGGUCAUUUUAUUUAUUUUCUUUUUUUGCUUUAAUUGUUUAUAGUCAAGGGCUUUAUACCAUACAUACACCAAAACUGAAAUAUUUUUCUUUGUUAUUAUGUGUUUACACUUUAGACACAUUAACAAAUUUUUUCUAUAUACUAUGGUUUGGUGUGGAAUGGUAUACUUCAAAUAUAGCUGCUGCAAAUUCAAAUCCAAGUCCAAAUUCAAGUCCAGAUCCAAAUCUAAAUGUUGCUGAAAAGAUAACAAAAAGAGGGGCUAGUCUUCAAUCACAAAGUGCUAGUCUUAGUUAUGAAUUUAUUUUUACAGCCACUAUGACUUUAAUAGCUUUAGUAGCUAGGCUAUAUAUCAAUUUGAUGAUCAUUGCAUUUGUUCAAAAGAUGAUGCAUCACUCAAAAUAUAUUGUCGAAGAUGAAAAUGAUGAUGUAGAUUUAAACUUGAAAAAUCACAACAUUUGUUUUAAAAUGUGGUUCAAAUUGGAAAAGUUUUGUUAUAGAUUAUGUAAAUUCUUUUUUGAGUAA